AUGAAGAUGGCGAUGAAUGGCCGGUUUUUCACAAUCGGGCUCGUCACGUCUUGGUACUCAUCCAACAUCGGAGUUCUGCUGCUGAACAAGUACUUGCUCAGCAAUUACGGCUUCAAGUACCCGAUCUUCCUCACCAUGUGCCACAUGACGGCGUGUUCGCUUCUCAGCUACAUCGCCAUUGCUUGGUUGAAGAUGGUUCCGAUGCAGACGAUCCGAUCCCGGGUCCAGUUCUUUAAGAUCUCAGCUCUAAGCCUCGUCUUCUGUGUGUCGGUGGUCUUCGGAAACAUCUCCCUCCGCUUUCUCCCCGUUUCCUUCAACCAAGCCAUUGGCGCCACGACGCCGUUUUUCACAGCCGUCUUCGCUUACCUCAUGACCCUCAAGAGAGAGGCUUGGUUGACUUACUUCACUCUCGUCCCCGUCGUCACUGGUGUUGUUAUUGCCAGCGGGGGUGAGCCAAGCUUUCACCUGUUUGGAUUCCUUAUGUGCAUCGCAGCCACAGCAGCAAGAGCUCUUAAAUCAGUGCUUCAAGGAAUUCUGCUUUCUUCUGAAGGGGAAAAGCUCAACUCCAUGAAUCUCCUCCUUUACAUGGCUCCAAUAGCUGUCGUUUUCCUUCUGCCCGCUACUCUUAUCAUGGAGAAAAAUGUUGUCGGCAUUACUAUCGCGCUUGCAAGAGAUGAUUUCAGAAUCGUUUGGUAUCUGCUAUUCAAUUCAGCGCUCGCCUACUUCGUGAACUUGACAAAUUUCUUAGUCACGAAACACACUAGCGCCCUCACUCUGCAGGUGCUAGGAAACGCCAAAGGAGCAGUAGCAGUGGUGGUCUCUAUUCUAAUAUUCAAGAAUCCGGUUUCAGUGACCGGAAUGCUCGGUUACUCCCUAACUGUCUGUGGAGUUAUCCUCUACAGCGAAGCCAAGAAACGGAGCAAAUAA